AUGCGUUUCAGUGUGACUCUGUUGGCCUUACUGGCAACUGUCGGAUCUGCAUCACCUGGCGACAACUUACCUGAGUUUGGCGACUGCAAAUAUGCCUGCGAGUAUCAAAAAUCGUGUCCCGGAUCGCAGAUCAAUUACAUAGAUGCAUCCACUAAUGAGUUCAGUGAUUGGCGGUUUGAUCAAUGUCCAUUGGCGCUAUCUACUUUCCUAUUUUGGGAUUGCAUCUCAGAUUGUGAUUAUCAAUGUCAACAAAUAAUAACCAAAUCUAGAAUUCAAGACGGCGAGGAGAUUCUACAGUUCCACGGUAAAUGGCCAUUCCUCAGACUUUUCGGUACUCAAGAACUAUUCUCCACCCUAUUUAGUAUAGGAAACUUUGUUCCUCAUUACUAUGGUUUCCAAAAACUGAGUGACAAGAUCCGGAGGCUGGAAAAUAGAGGUGACACUAGGAGGUUGACUCUUUUGCAAAAUUACACCUAUGUGGCCAUCGCUGGUAUGCUGGCGUGGUCCGCGAGCACCAUAUUUCACUUGAGGGAUUUGCUGAUCACUGAGAAACUGGACUACUUUUUCGCUGGUGGUACUGUCCUUACUGGAUUUCACGCCAUAUUCGCUAGAAUGACGCGCCUUGAUCAACAUCCCAAGGUUGCCAGAUUGUUUUCGUUGUCGGUGGCCUUCAUCUUUGCUCUCCAUCUGCUCCGGCUAUACGUUGACUGGUCAUACACCUACAACAUGAGGUUUAACGUUUUCUUCGGAUUGCUGCAAUACCUGCUACUGUUGCUUCUGGCGUACCAAAACUACUCGUCCCUCAAAGCUCAAACAUAUGGUACUCAAAGACGUGCCUACGAUAGACGUGCAUCUAACAUGUUCAACCUGUGUGUCGUUCCGGUACUACUCGUGGGAUCGACCGCUAUGGCUAUGUCAUUGGAGCUUUUUGAUUUCUUUGUUUACAGUUGGCAAAUUGACGCACACGCCCUGUGGCAUAUGUGCACGAUCUGGCCAUCCUGGGUCCUAUACAGCUUUUUUCUUCACGAUUUUGAUUUCGCGGCCAAGGCCAACAUCCACUAG